ACCUCCAAUGCGAGAAGAAGAGGCAGUCGCCAGUCAGAGCAAGCAAAUCCCACCAAAGCAGCUGGCUCUUGAGAGGAGAGAUCGGGUCAAAAAUUAAGCUUGCAUUGGCAGUUUGGAUCUGAAUCAAUAACAACCAUGGAGGAGCUGAGAUCCGCAAUGGAGGAACACAUGGAUCAAAUGGCCGAUCUUGUUCAGAAACUCUCCGCCGAACUCCGUACCGGUCUUCGACCUGCUUACGAUAAUUUCAUCGGUUUCUUUCACGCCAUCGAUUGGAAGGAACCUUGGCUUAUGGGCUUACUGGGAUUCCAUUUCUUGUUGCUGCUGACAACCAUUGCUUCAAGGAAAAAUCUCAAUUUUCAGAUGAUUCUCUUUCUUCUGUCAUUGGCUGGUGUAUUUCUCGCUGAGAGGCUCAAUAGUCUCCUUGGAAAGAACUGGAAGAGCUUCGCUGGCCAGAACUAUUUUGAUCCAAAUGGAGUUUUUCUCUCUGUGCUUUGGUCUGGGCCUCUUCUCUUCAUUGCAAUCAUAAUUUUGAUCAACACACUCUUUUCCUUGUGUCACCUCAUUGUUCGGUGGAAGAGAGCAGAACUUAGACAACGAGCAAGGCUUUCCCGUAAUAAGCAAGAAUAAAUUUCAUCUCAGUUGAACCAUUUUUUCCUUGUGGCUUUAUAUGUAGAGAGCUUUAUAUAUCUAGGGUGAUGUUCAAUGUUACAUUGCUGAUGCAGAGCAGGGUACGAAAUUUUGAAUCUUGUAGAUUAUAAAGCCAAAGUUAAUGGAUGUUUCUCUAAUGACAUUCUUUUUUU